AUGUCCUUCAAGGGCGCACGGUUCAGCGUGAGGAAAAGGAGGAACGGCACGCCCGACAGCACCCGGACGCUGUACUCCAGCACGUCCCGGAGCACCGACGUGUCCUACACGGAGAGCGACUUGGUGAAUUUCAUCGAAGCAAAUUUUAAGAAACGGGAGUGUGUCUUCUUUACCAAAGAUUCCAAGGCCACGGAGAAUGUGUGCAAGUGUGGCUACGCCCAGAACCAACACAUAGAAGGCACCCAGAUCAACCAAAACGAGAAAUGGAAUUACAAGAAACAUACAAAGGAACUUCCCACCGAUGCUUUUGGAGAUAUUCAGUUUGAGACUCACGGGAAGAAAGGGAAGUAUAUCCGACUGUCCUGCGACACGGACGCGGAGACGCUGUACGAGCUGCUGACCCAGCACUGGCACCUGAAAACACCCAACCUGGUCAUUUCCGUGACUGGCGGCGCCAAAAACUUCGCCCUGAAGCCGCGCAUGCGCAAGAUCUUCAGCCGCCUGAUCUACAUCGCGCAGUCGAAAGGUGCGUGGAUUCUCACUGGAGGCACCCACUAUGGGCUGAUGAAGUUCAUCGGGGAGGUGGUGAGAGAUAACACCAUCAGCAGGAAUUCGGAGGAGAACAUUGUGGCCAUUGGCAUCGCCGCUUGGGGCAUGGUCUCCAACAGGGACACCCUCAUCAGGAAUUGUGAUGUGGAGGGAUAUUUUUCAGCUCAGUACAUUAUGGAUGACUUCAAGAGAGACCCUCUGUACAUCCUGGACAACAACCACACCCACCUGCUGCUUGUGGACAACGGCUGCCAUGGGCACCCCACAGUGGAGGCAAAGCUCCGGAAUCAGCUGGAGAAGUACAUCUCCGAGCGCACGAUUCAAGAUUCCAACUACGGUGGCAAGAUCCCCAUUGUGUGUUUUGCCCAAGGAGGUGGGAAAGAGACUUUGAAGGCCAUCAAUACCUCUGUCAAAAGUAAAAUCCCCUGCGUGGUGGUGGAAGGCUCGGGGCAGAUCGCCGAUGUGAUCGCGAGCCUGGUGGAGGUGGAGGACGUCCUGACGUCAUCCAUCGUCAAGGAGAAGCUGGUGCGCUUCCUGCCACGCACCGUGUCCCGGCUGCCUGAGGAGGAGACCGAGAGUUGGAUCAGAUGGCUCAAAGAAAUUGUCGAAAGUUCUCACCUAUUAACAGUUAUUAAAAUGGAAGAAGCAGGGGACGAAAUUGUGAGCAAUGCGAUCUCCUAUGCAUUGUAUAAAGCCUUUAGCACCAAUGAACAAGAUAAGGAUAACUGGAAUGGGCAGCUUAAGCUUCUACUGGAGUGGAACCAGCUGGACAUAGCCAAUGAUGAGAUUUUCACCAAUGACCGCCGAUGGGAGUCUGCUGACCUUCAGGAAGUCAUGUUUACAGCUCUUAUAAAGGACAGACCCAAGUUUGUCCGCCUCUUUCUGGAGAAUGGCUUGAACCUGCGGAAGUUCCUCACCAAUGACGUCCUCACCGAGCUCUUCUCCAAUCACUUCAGCUCCCUGGUGUAUCAAAACCUGCAGAUCGCCAAAAAUUCCUAUAAUGAUGCCCUCCUUACCUUUGUCUGGAAACUGGUUGCUAACUUCCGAAGAGGCUUCCGGAAGGAAGACAGGAAUAGCAGAGAUGAAAUAGACCUAGAGCUCCAUGAUGCGUCUCCUAUCACUCGGCACCCCCUGCAAGCGCUCUUCAUCUGGGCCAUUCUUCAGAACAAGAAGGAGCUCUCCAAAGUCAUUUGGGAGCAGACCAGGGGCUGCACUCUGGCCGCCCUGGGGGCCAGCAAACUUCUGAAGACUCUGGCUAAGGUGAAGAAUGACAUCAACGCUGCAGGGGAGUCGGAGGAGCUGGCAAACGAGUACGAGAGCCGAGCAGUGGAGCUGUUCACAGAGUGUUACAGCAGCGACGAGGACUUGGCGGAACAACUCCUGGUCUAUUCCUGUGAAGCCUGGGGUGGAAGCAGCUGUUUGGAGCUGGCGGUGGAGGCAACUGACCAGCAUUUCAUUGCCCAGCCCGGGGUGCAGAAUUUUCUUUCCAAGCAGUGGUAUGGAGAGAUUUCCCGAGACACUAAGAACUGGAAGAUUAUCCUGUGUCUGUUUAUUAUACCCUUGGUUGGCUGUGGCUUGGUAUCAUUUAGGAAGAAGCCCCUGGACAAGCGCAGGAAGCUCCUGUGGCGCUACGUGGCCUUCUUCACCUCCCCGUUCGUGGUCUUCUCCUGGAACGUGGCCUUCUACAUCGCCUUCCUCCUGCUCUUCGCCUACGUGCUGCUCAUGGAUUUCCACUCUGUGCCCCACGCCCCGGAGCUGGUCCUCUACGCGCUGGUCUUCGUCCUGUUCUGUGAUGAAGUCAGACAGUGGUGCGUGAACGGCGUGAAUUACUUUACCGACCUGUGGAAUGUCAUGGAUUCACUCGGGCUUUUCUACUUCAUAGCGGGAAUCGUGUUUCGGCUCCACCCUUCUAACAAAACCUCACUGUACUCGGGACGAGUGAUUUUUUGCCUGGAUUACAUUAUAUUCACCCUAAGGUUGAUUCACAUUUUCACGGUCAGCAGAAAUUUAGGACCCAAGAUUAUAAUGUUGCAGAGGAUGCUGAUCGACGUGUUCUUCUUCCUGUUCCUCUUUGCCGUGUGGAUGGUGGCCUUCGGUGUGGCCAGGCAGGGGAUCCUUAGACAGAACGAGCAUCGCUGGAGGUGGAUCUUCCGCUCAGUCAUCUAUGAGCCCUACCUGGCCAUGUUUGGCCAAGUGCCCAGCGAUGUGGACGGCACCACGUACGACUUCUCCCACUGCACCUUCACUGGGAACGAGUCCAAGCCCCUGUGCGUGGAGCUGGACGAGCACAACCUGCCGCGCUUCCCCGAGUGGAUCACCAUCCCCCUGGUGUGCAUCUACAUGCUGUCCACAAACAUCCUGCUGGUCAACCUGCUGGUCGCCAUGUUCGGUUACACCGUGGGCACAGUCCAGGAAAACAACGACCAGGUCUGGAAGUUCCAGAGGUACUUCCUGGUGCAGGAAUACUGCAGCCGCCUCAACAUCCCCUUCCCCUUCGUGGUCUUCGCCUACUUCUACAAGAUGGUCAAGAAGUGCUUCCGGUGCUGCUGCAAAGAGAGGAACACGGAGCCCUCCGCCUGCUGUUUCAGAAAUGAAGACAACAUGACUCUGGCAUGGGAGGGUGUCAUGAAAGAAAAUUACCUUGUCAAGAUCAACACAAAAGCCAGCGACUCGUCAGAGGAAAUAAAGCAUCGUUUUAGACAGCUGGAUACAAAGCUUAAUGACCUCAAAGGUAUUCUGAAAGAGAUUGCUAAUAAAAUCAAAUAAAAGCGCAUGGACUCUGAUGGAGAAAAAUUUAAUUCUAGCAAGGUCACAUCAGACGUCUACAUGGCGAAGAUUCA